UAACCAAUAGGAUUCUUCGUGACUACGCGACUCAAACGCCUCACGUCAGCUGUGUUUUGUUUAUGAUCUGACUAACUGAAUUUAGUGUGUCAGCAAAUUGGACGUUGUUAAUAAUAUAAUACGUUUACACAUAUAUUAUUAACAGCCUAAAAACAUAGUGAGUAAAGCUUCCAAUUUAUGGACGCACAUUAUCGAGUUGCGUCGGGAUGUUCAAACCGAUACCGGAGUUCGGAACCGAAGAGAGGCUGCGCGGCUCAGAUACGUCCCCGGAAAAAGUGAGACCUGAGCGGCCUGAGAGACUCCACUGCGCCUCCUUCAACCAGGACACAACGUCUCUGGUUGUUGGUGAUAGGAAUGGCUACAGGCUUUUCUCUCUGUCGUCUGUGGACAGAAUGGACUGCAUUCAUCGCGGCACCGAGAGCUCUGAUGUGUGUAUUGCUGAGCGGCUCUUCUCCAGCAGUCUGAUGGUGGUGGUCAGUAAAUCUACUCCAUUUACCAUGAACAUUUACCACUUUAAGAAGGGCACAGAGAUCUGCAACUACAGCUACUCCAGCAGCAUCCUCGCCCUCAAACUCAACCGACAGAGACUCAUAGUGUGUUUGGAGGAGGCUUUGUACAUCCACAACAUCAAGGACAUGAAACUUCUCAAGUCACUCCUCAACACGCCACCAAACCCCAAAGCCGGGCAGCUUCACCGCUGGAGAAAUCACUCUCUAUGAUGCUCUCAGUCUGAGUCCCGUGGGUGUGAUUUCUGCUCACGCCAGUCACGUGGCCGGCAUCUCCUUCAGCGCUUCAGGAUCCAGGAUGGCCACCGCUUCAGAAAAAGGAACGGUGAUCAGAGUGUUCAGUGUUCCUGAUGGAGUCCGACUCUUUGAGUUUCGCAGAGGACUCAAGAGGUACGUGAGCAUCAGUUCUCUGUCGUUCAGCGCAGAUGAACAGCUUCUGUGUGUUUCCAGCAACACCGAGACGGUUCACGUCUUCAAACUGGAGCAUCACAGUCCCAAUCAGGAUUCUCCAUCCUGGUCUGCGUACAUAGGGAAGGUGUUUUCCGCCGCCAGCACGUACCUGCCGUCUCAGGUGUCAGAUAUGAUGCAUCAGGACCGAGCGUUCGCCACUGUUCACCUCAGCCAAUCCGGCGGCAGGAACAUUUCAGCUCUGUCCACGAUCCAGAAGGUUCCUCGACUGCUGGUGGCUUCAUCAGACGGUCAUCUCUACAUCUAUAAUGUGAAUCUGCAGGAUGGUGGAGACUGUCGUUUAGUCCAGAAGCACAGACUGUUUGAAAGGGCAGAUGAAGCUCUGGUGGCGUCAGAUUUACAUGUGGAAACUCCAUCAUAUGCUGAAACUGUUGCCACAAACACAAACCAGGACUCUACACCUUCCAGUUCACUCACAGGUUACUCUGAGGAUGGAGGAUUGAGGAGAGGAGAACUGAUCCCAGAUCAUGAGUUUGAGGACGGACCGCUGCGUCUGGAUGAUGAGCAGGAGUUUCCUCCGGUCAGCUUCAGGAACAGCUGAUCUGAGAUCAGAGCGGAUCGCUGUAUGUACGGGAGUGUGAUGAAAUCAUGUUAAUCAUGUGAUAUCAGAGUGACCAGUUACCAGCUAAACUUUAACAAAUACACUCACGAUAUGAAGAGUGUUUUAACUUGAGCAGAUUGCACAGUUGAAAUGACAUUUACAUUUUAAUUAUGUUUUUAAUUUCUUCUAAUGUUUUUCUUUGAAACAAAGUCUUUUUUUCUUUUAGUUAGGACGAAUGGAAUAUUUUUUUUAUGUAAAACUGCUAAGAUCAGUAUUAUUAGCCCUUUUAAGAAAGAUUUAUUUCCGAUUAUCAACAGAACAGACUACUGUUGUCCAAUAACUUGCCUAAUUAGCCUAAUUAUUCUAGUGAAGCCUUUAAAUGUCACUUUUAGCUGAAUACUGGUGUCUUGAAGAAUAUCUAGUUUAAUAUUAUGUGGUCAUCAUGGCAAAGAGAAAAUAAAUCAGUUAUUAGAAAUGAGUUAUUAAAACUAUUAUGAUUAGAAAUGUGUUGAAGAAAUUGUUUAAAAAUCACAUGUAAAAAAAAGAGAGUGUGGGUGCUUCCCAUUACUGGGUUGCAGCUGGAGAGGCAUGCGCUGUGUUAAACAUGUGCCAGAGUAAUUGGCGGUUCAUUCUGCUGUGGUGACCCCAUGAUAAAUCAGGGAUUAAGCUGAAGGAAAAUGAAUGAAUAAAUAAUUACAUCUCACAGGAGUGCAAA